AGAAAGUUUCUUAAAAAGUUGUUAACUUCACUUUUAUUUACUUUUAUGCAAAAUUAUUGUUCUUAGCAACUUUGCUAACACUCCACCAAUGGAGUUGCCCUUAGGCUCUGGGCAGGUACCAGACCAAAGACCACCGCCGGUUGGUUACACUUUUUUUUUUGAAUUUCAAACUUAAAAAUUAAAAAAAGAAGAAGAAAAAAUAGUUUAGCUUCCGAUGAACGCUGCAACUUAUUAUAAGACGCCGGAGCUAAUGCCGUCGGUGAAUCUGCCUACGGGAUGUGAUGGAACGGAAGAUGCGAUUAACGCUGCAGUUGAGGAAGAGCUCGCCGAGUUAGCGAAAAGUGACUCGAACGGCGGCGGAAGGAGUAAAGUGAAAGGACCUUGGUCACCGGAGCAAGAUGAGGCUCUUACGAGGCUUGUUACCAAGUGUGGGCCGAGGAACUGGACUCUCAUCUCCCGUGGGAUCCCUGGUCGGUCUGGGAAAUCGUGCCGGCUUCGUUGGUGUAAUCAGCUCGAUCCUUGUCUUAAAAAAAAACCUUUCUCUGAUGAGGAGGAUCGUAUGAUAAUAUCUGCACACGCGGUUCAUGGGAACAAAUGGGCUGUGAUUGCUAAACUCUUACCUGGGAGAACAGAUAAUGCCAUUAAGAAUCACUGGAACUCAGCUCUUAGACGUAAACCAGCAGGUCUCUGGAUGGAUCAUCAUCAUCAAGGGAUGUCUAAUACAGAUAUAUAUCACAUGCAACCAUCAAAGGUCAGAAAGAUAUCAAAUGCAUCCCCUAGAGAGCAUUUACCUCGAGAAGAAACCAAUUCGUUUACGCCUCCGGUAUUAUUAAAUGAAGAUAAAAUGGAUGAUGUAGCAAACGAGCCUCCUCGUGAAAAGGUGAAGAGUAAACCUGAUGUUUAUCGCCCUGUGGCUCGGAUGGGUGCUUUCAGUAUCUGUAAACAAGGAUACAUGAAUCACCAUAUGGCUCCAUGUGAGGGACCUUUGGUUCAAGCAUCAAGACCUGGCUCAUUGGCUGCUAAAUUUCUCCAGUCUCUUUGUUAUGAACCUAUCGUCCCUUCAAAAUGUGGUCGCGGUUGCUGCAACCAUCCUGACAACAAAACGCUGCCAUCAUCGUCUAAAUCGGUGUUGGGACCAGAGUUUGUUGAUUAUGAGGAACAUUCUUCUGCAGAGCUAGACCAAGAAUUGAUCUCUAUAUCAACGGACCUGAACAAUAUUGCUUGGAUUCAAAGUGGGCUUAACAACAACAACUAUUUGAAGGAAGCUGAACAGAGUUUGAAGGCUGGUGAUCAGUUUCAUCGCGCAAAAUUUACUGGAAUGGUAAACAAUGGUGUAUCAGUAUCAAGUCAAAUGCUGAGACCAGAUGUAAGGGCUUUGAGCUAAUUUUAGAGGCAAAACAUUCAUUCAAUAUUAUCUCUUUUGUUAGUGACUUAGUGCUAUGUUUACCUGGUAAGAUUUGAAACCUUUAAAAAUGCUAAGCUGUGUUAUGAAGGCU